CCCAACUCCCUGUCCUCACCCCGGCCCGCCCGUCGCCUCCUCCGCCCUCUCCCGACUGCAGCGGGGGCAGCGCUUUGGCGCUCCCAAGGACUCUCAGCCACUCUCCCAGCACGGGCAGCGGCGGCGGCGGCGGCCGCUGCUGGAUCCCGGCACUGCAGCCCGCAGUCCAGGACACCCCCGGCCGGACGAUGGGGACCCGCGCCUGAGCAUCCCCGGGGCAGGCGCCAGGCGCGAAGGCAGGGGGCGGGAGGAAAGGGGCGGGGGAAUUCCUGAUUCCCUGGCGGACCCUGGAAGUUGUCCUUAAAUAAAUAUAUCGCUGGCCCGCGGUUGAGCAGCCACCUCGUCAGAGCAGCAUGUGGACUGGCUCGCCGGGUCCCCUCCGUGCUCUGUGCUGUCGCCGCCACCGCCUGUGUCAGAGCUGCAGCUGUCGGCAGCAGGAGCCCCGCAUCGGGCGCGGAGCAGGGACGCGCUGCCGCCGCCUCCCCCUGCGUCCUGCUGGCCACUUCUUCUCGGGAGGUGGCAGUCGCUGUUGCCGCUAAGAAACCCGCCCGCUUUCCACGGCUGGUCGCCUGGUGAGGAGUUGAGACUCUGCGCCUCCGCCCGGACCCACAUGGCUUGUUACCUGGUCAUCAGUUCGAGACAUCUCAGCAAUGGGCACUACCGGGGCAUUAAAGGAGUCUUCAGGGGACCCCUCUGCAAGAAUGGAUCUCCCUCUCCGGAUUUUGCAGAAAAGGAGAAGUCCACAGCAAAGGCCCUGGAAGAUGUAAAGGCAAACUUUUACUGUGAAUUAUGUGACAAGCAGUAUCACAAACACCAGGAGUUUGACAAUCAUAUUAAUUCUUAUGAUCAUGCUCAUAAGCAGAGACUGAAAGAAUUAAAGCAAAGGGAAUUUGCUCGGAAUGUAGCUUCUAAGUCAUGGAAAGAUGAGAAGAAACAAGAAAAAGCACUUAAACGACUCCAUCAGCUGGCUGAGUUAAGGCAGCAAUCUGAAUGUGUUUCUGGAAAUGGACCAGCAUACAAAGCCCCCAAGGUAGCCAUAGAAAAGCAACUCCAGCAAGGAAUUUUCCCCGUUAAGAAUGGCAGAAAGGUAUCAUGCAUGAAGAGUGCUCUUCUCCUUAAAGGAAAAAAUCUCCCCAGAAUCAUUUCCGAUAAACAGCGGUCCACCGUGCCAAAUCGACACCAAUUACAAUCAGACAGGCGUUGUUUGUUUGGAAAUCGGGUACCUCAAACAUCUUCAGAUCUCAGCAAUGCAAAUCACAGAAGAGGAGUAUCAUUUUCUUUUUCCAAAAAAGUGCACCUAAAAUUAGAAUCUUCAGCAUCAGUUUUCAGUGAGAACACAGAAGAAACUCACGAUUGUAACAAGUCACCCAUUUAUAAAACAAAACAAAUUGCAGAUAAAUGCAAGUGCUGCAGGUUUGCAAAUAAAGAUACACACCUUACCAAGGAAAAAGAGGUAAACAUCUCACCAAGCCAUCUGGAAAGUGUUUUACACAAUACCAUCUCCAUAAACUCUAAAAUUUUGCAAGACAAUAACAACUCUAUUGAUGAGACACUAGAACAUUCAAUUGGCAUUCAUGCUUCAUUCUCUAAAUCUAACAUUCAUCUUUCAGAUGUAGAUUUUACUCCUUCCAGCAGAGAAAAAGAAACUAGAAAUACAUUGAAGAACACCUUAGAAAACUGUGUGAAUCACCCAUGCCAAGCAAAUGCUUCCUUCAGCCCACCAAACAUUUACAACCAUAGUGAUGCCAGGAUAUUUGAAUGCCUGGAUGAGUUUUCAUCAGCAGAGCCAAGUGAACAAAAGAGUACAGUGCAUCUGAAUCCAAAUUCCAGAACAGAGAACAGAGAAAAAUCUUUAGAUAAAACAGAAAGAGUUAGCAAAAAUGUUCAAAGACUUGUAAGAGAAGCAUGUACCCAUAAUGUGGCAUCUAAACCACUACCUUUUCUCCACGUUCAAAGCAAGGAUGGCCACACCACUCUUCAAUGGCCUACGGAACUUCUGCUCUUUACAAAAACAGAACCCUGUAUCUCUUAUGGCUGCAACCCACUAUAUUUUGAUUUUAAGCUUUCUCGGAACACAAAGGAAGACCACAAUCCAGAGGACUUAAAAACAGAAUUGUGUAAGAAGUCCUUGGAAGUGAAGACUAAAAGAGAGAGCCAAGUCUCAGGUGUAAUCGAAGACCAACAAAAAUUGAUCCAAGAAGAUAAUCAAUAUCUGAAACCAAAGAUGAUGAUAGCUAAUCCGGAUUGGGAAAAAUUCCAGAGGAAAUAUAAUUUGGACUACAGUGAUUCUGAGCCAAAUAAGAGUGAAUAUGCUUUUAGUGCAAAUGAUUUGGAAAUGAAAAAUCCUGAAGUGCCUCUUUACCUCAAUACAUCUCUAAAGGAUUAUGCUGGAAAGAAUAAUAGUGAGAACGAACUUAAGGAAGCUUCAAGGGCCCAUUGGCAAGGCAGCAGAAAGGUAGUUCUAAAUGAUACAGAUGAGGACCUAUCUUGUCCUUCCUACAUCUCUAGGACUAAAAAGAAUAAAUUGAUUCCCUGCAAUCCUCAUUUGGAAUUUGAAGAUGAAAGACAAUUCAACUGCAAGUCCAGUUGUUAUACAGUAGGGGGUAACAGUGACCAUGGGAAAGACUUCAGUGUAAUUUUAAAGAGUAACCACAUCAGCAUGACCAACAAGGUUUCUGGAUGUGGAGACCGAAGAUACAAGAGAUGCUCUCCAAAGUCAUCUUUGAGUAGAUAUUCUUGCUCUUCGGACACAUCCCCUAGCAGCAUGUCUAGCUUGAGAAGUACUUGUUCAAGUCAUAGAUUCAAUGGUAAUAGCAGAGGUAAUUUUCUCUGCUUCUAUAAAAGAGAACACCACUCAGUUGAAAGGCACAAACGGAAAUGUCUGAAGCACAACUGCCUCUACUUGUCUGAUGAGAUAGCAAAGAGCAGUCAAAUGCAGUCUGAACCACAGAAAGAGAGGAACUGCAAAUUGUGGGAAUCAUUUAAAAAUGAAAAAUACUCAAAACGUAGAUAUUGUCACUGUAGAGAAAGACAAAAACUGGGCAAAAAUCAACAACAAUUUUCAGGGCUAAAAUCUACGAGAAUCAUCUGUUGUGAUUCUAACUCACAGAUUUCCUGUACUGGAAGCAGUAAAAAACCACCUAAUUGCCAGGGAACUCAGCACGAUAGAUUGGACUCUUACUCAAGGGAGAAAAUUUAUUACUUGAAUAAAGGCAAGAGAAAUCAAGAGUCUUUGGGCAGCCCUCACAUUUGUGAUCUGGGAAAAGUCAGGCCCAUGAAGUAUAACUCCGGGAACAUCAGCUGCCUUCUAAAGAACUGUUCCAGUGGCCCUUCAGAAACUACAGAAUCGAACAUUACAGAAGGAGAGGGGAGCCCUCUGACGGCAAAAAGCCUUUUAGAAAGAGUACAAGCCAAGAAAUGUCAGGAACAAUCAAGUAAUGUUGAGGUCUCUUCAAACAGUUGUAAAAAUGAAUUAGAGGCUCCUUCGCAAGUCCCAUGCACAAUUCAACUUGUACCAUCAGGCUGUAACAGACAAGCAUUGCCUUUGUCUGAAAAAAUACAGUAUGCAAGUGAGAGCAGAAAUGAUCAAGACAGUGCAAUUCCAAGGACUACGGAGAAAGACAAAAGCAAAAGCUCACAGACAAAUAAUUUUACAAUUUUAGCAGACACUGAUUGUGAUAACCAUCUUUCUAAAGGUAUAAUUCACCUAGUAACAGAGUCUCAGUCACUAAACAUAAAAAUGAAUCCAACAACAAAAGAACAAUCAAAACCUUUAAUUAGUGAAAUCCAACCUUUUAUUCAAUGCUGUGACCCAGUACCAAAUGAAUUCCCUGGUGCUUUUCCAUCUAAUAGAUAUACUGGUGUUACUGAUUCAAGAGAGACCAAAGAAGACCAAAUAAAUCUAGACUUACAGGAUGCAAGCAUGCAUAUAAAUCAUGUAGAGGGAAAUAUAAACUCUUACUAUGACAGAACUAUGCAGAAGCCUGACAAAGUCAAAGACGAAUUAGACGUGUGUCAUAAAUCUCUCUCUCCCCCUUUAAUUCAACAACCCAUAACAUUUUCUCCUGACGAAAUAGAUAAAUAUAAGAUCCUACAGCUACAAGCCCAGCAGCAUAUGCAGAAGCAACUCCUGUCAAAGCAUCUUCGAGUUUUGCCUGCUGCAGGGCCUACUGCCUUCUCUCCGGCUUCAACCGUACAGACAGUUCCAGUUCACCAGCACACUUCUAUCACUACCAUCCACCACACGUUCCUGCAGCAUUUUGCUGUUUCUGCUUCCUUAAGUUCUCAUAACAGUCACCUCCCUAUUGCUCAUCUACAUCCUCUUUCACAGGCACAUUUCACUCCUAUUUCAUUUUCGACUCUGACUCCAACCAUUAUACCUGCACACCCCACUUUCUUAGCAGGUCAUCCCCUGCAUUUAGUAGCUGCUACCCCCUUCCACCCAUCUCACAUAACACUUCAGCCCCUGCCCCCUACAGCAUUUAUUCCUACAUUGUUCGGCCCUCACUUAAAUCCAGCCACAACUUCUAUCAUCCACUUGAAUCCUUUAAUCCAACCAGUAUUCCAAGGUCAAGAUUUUUGCCAUCAUUCUUGCUCUAGCCAGAUGCAACAGUUAAAUGAAGUGAAAGAGGCCUUAAAUGUGUCCACACACUUGAACUAAUAAGUGUUAAAGCCCCUCUUGUGGA